UCUCCAAUAAGACCAAUGGCACGUUGAUCCACGAUUGAAGAGAGUUAUUCCUUGUGACAUAAACCCCAAUCUCUUAAGAGUUCAUCGCUAGAUAGUUUUAUUUUAUUGAUUCGAAGCAAAGUUUCCCUACAAAUACUCACCACCAUACCUCAUUUACCUCCAACUUAACAACAACACGCACACUAAUUACCCCCAAGUCACCAACUUCUCGCUUUCUUGCUGAGAGAUGGAUGCCAAGAAACCUUCCUCAUCAGCUGCUUUGUUCCUUUGCCUCAUCAACCUCCUCUUAAUUGCCCUAGCGAGCGGAUGCGGUACUUGCGUUCAGCCGAAACCGAUGCUGAACCCUAAUCGUAUCGCUAACCCGUUCUCUCCGAGAGGCUCUAGUUGCCCUAGAGAUGCGCUGAAGCUGGGCGUGUGCGCCAAAGUGCUCGAUGGGCCGGUCAACGCCGUCGUCGGAACACCGCCGGACAUGCCUUGUUGCUCGGUCCUGGAGGGGCUUCUCGAUCUUGAAGCAGCCGUCUGCCUUUGCACCGCCAUUAAAGCCAACAUCCUCGGGAUCAACCUCAACAUCCCCAUUUCCCUCAGCUUGCUCAUCAACGCUUGUGGCAAGAACGCCCCAUCUGGCUUCCAAUGUGCCUAACAAGAACCGAUCAAUGAUCGUAACUUGCUCCAUUAUCGUUGUUGUUGUGUUCUCUUGCAUUAGCCGAAGUUGUUGUCGGGUCAUUUCACUUGACUCCUUUGUGAUUCUUGGCUUUGUGGUUUUGACUUUCUAGGGUUCGAAUAAUGUGUUCUAGGUUGAGAUCGGAUUUCUGAUUAUGUCACAGUGAGUUGUUAGGGCAUGAAAAUUGUUCCUUAUUUCUGAUUUAGGCUAGGGAAAAAGGGGCAGGCUUGGAUGACAUGCGAAAUUA